GGAAGAGAAGCAGAUAUCAGCCAUUUUUCUGUAUAAUUCACCCAACGAGGAGUUGCUUGUUUUUUUUAAAAUUAAAACUUGUAAAACAAAACCCAGGAAGGUGGACGGUUGUAGGAACCUGUUAUUCUGGAUGAAGCACGUGGCUCGGCGGCGGUGGAGUCUCGGAGCCUAGAUUUGUGUCAGCUGAUGGAUCACAUGACCCACAGUUCCAACAUGGCGCUGCGCAGCUCGAGGGGUUUGCACAGGAAAGGCUCGAUUGUUUAUUUCAGCCUCAAGCUGUUUGUUCUGUUAGUUUGUGCGAGUUCAGCAUUUGCAACAAGUCCGUCACCCAAAGGCCCCGGCUCCUCCUCGGGUUGUGGUUGCACUAGUCGUCGGGAAGUUGCUGGCGAUUUCCCUGACGCUCCACAUGACAGUGUCUCAUUAGCGAAACAGGCAGCUGCCAAAUACUCUAAGGAGGCUAAUGUUGUUGGUCAGGAGAUCACAGAAGACUACAAGCCAAACUUGGAAAAGCGCACUAAUCAGAUGGUGCUGAUACCAGGUGGAGUGUUUACCAUGGGAACUGAUGAACCAGCAAUACCUCAGGAUGGAGAGGGCCCAGCCAGAAAAGUUCAGGUCAAGCAGUUCUACAUGGAUAUGUAUGAAGUCACCAACGCUGAAUUUGAGAGAUUUGUCAAAGCUACCGACUACACCACAGAGGCAGAAAAAUUCGGAGACUCUUUCGUCUUUGAGGGCAUACUUAGUGAGAAAGUGAAGAGCACCAUUACCCAAGCUGUUGCAGCAGCCCCAUGGUGGCUCCCUGUUAAAAAAGCCAAUUGGAAACAUCCGGAAGGUCCUGACUCCAACAUUGCUGAUAGGAUGGAUCACCCAGUUGUACAUGUCUCUUGGAAUAAUGCAGUGGCGUACUGCACCUGGGCAGGGAAAAGGCUGCCUACAGAAGCUGAAUGGGAAUAUGCAUGUAGAGGGGGACUUGAGAACAGACUCUUUCCAUGGGGGAACAAGUUACUACCGAAGGGUGAGCACUACAUGAACAUCUGGCAGGGAGACUUCCCACACCACAACACAGCAGAUGAUGGUUUUUCCAAGACUGCCCCUGUCACGACCUUUCCUUCCAAUGGUUACGGUCUCUUCAAUAUGGUUGGGAACGCCUGGGAAUGGACGUCUGAUUGGUGGGAUAUACACCACACAACUGAUGACCUAGACAAUCCUGUUGGACCUCCCUCAGGUACAGACAAGGUGAAAAAAGGUGGAUCCUACAUGUGCCAUAAGGACUAUUGCUACAGAUACCGUUGUGCUGCUCGCAGUCAGAAUACACCAGACAGCACUGCCUCGAAUCUGGGUUUCCGCUGUGCUGCUGAUGUUCUGCCAGAUUAUCUGAGCUGAUCUGGUUCUUGGAUAGAGACAUCAAGAAGGCAAGGAUUAGUAUUAGCCUUCCUGCGAUGGAAAGCAGCUAAAUACAUGUCAAGAUGGAACUUUCCGUUAAAGCAGUCAACAACCGGCCCUUACCGGACAUCACCAGGAAGCUGACGAGUGUCCCAGCUAUGGAUUCCUGCAAUCUUUGCACUCAGAUGGUUUCAAUUUAAAGGCACAGAACAGGAGGCAUGAAAUGUUUGUUCGUUGCGAGAGUUUCAGCUAUCACUUUGGGACUUACUCUAUCUGGAUUCUGUCUUUGUUAUUGCCAAAAUAAAUUGUUCUUGAUUAGACAGGUCACCAAGUACAGUACUGCAAAAUGAAUGGACUCAAUAAGGCUACAUUGAAAGUACUUUUUGACCAUACUUCCAAUUGAUGGUUAAGCAAGACCAAAGACUCUGUAACAUCUUUCCAUAAUGUAAGCAAAAGGCCAAUAAUAGGGUUUGCUUGUUUCUCAAAUGAUUUUAAAAUUACUGUAAAAAAACACCACAUAAAUGAGUCUGAAUUAUUGGACUGUGGAACAUAGCACAGAAUAUUUUUGCAUACACUUGUAAAGUAGACAGUACGCAAAAACAAAUGGCUUACAUCACUAUACCAAGGAUUCUUAGCAUCUCAGUAUGUCACUAGCAAUGCAUUUGAAAUGUAGUCAAUGUUGCAAUGUAAACUGAAACAGCAGCCAAUUCUAGGAAAGAUGUGCAGGCAUUGGAAGCAGUCCAGGGAAGGUACACUAGGCUGAGACAGGUAUGGAGAGACUGGUUUAUAAAACAGUUUGUGUAGAUUGAGCUUGUACUUUUUAAAAUAUAGAAGAAAGAGAGGUAAUCUUAUUGAAACAUACAAGAUCCUUAAAGGACCUGACAGGGUAGAAGUGGAAAGGUAGUUUCCCCUUGUAGGAGAGUUUAGGACCAGAGAGCAUUAAGCAUAUUCAAGGCUGAGAUAGAUUUUCCAUCAAUAAGGGAAUUGGAGUUAUGGGGAAUGCCAGAAAAAUUGAGUUGAUGAUUAUCAGAUCAGUCAUAAUCUCGUUGAAUGGCACAGCAGAUUUGAUGGGCUGAAUGGCCUACUUCUCCCCCUGUGUCUUAUGGUCUUUAGUCGCAUGCAGCAAGCUCCCAUACAGAGCAAGUAAAUAAAUUCCCAUGUAAUCUAUUUAGGCUGUAUUGGUACAAGGAUACUUGGAACUACCUACAGCUUAACCAAGCUGAUCCAUACUCUUUUACCACUGCAUCUACUUGACAAAGCAGAAGAAUUCCCAGGAAUGUCCUGUCCACAAAUCCAAGCUGGUCAUUAACUACCCAUUAGGUCUACUCUCAAUCAUCAACAAAGUGAUGGGAAGGGUCUUCAACAGUGUCAUCAAAAUGUAUUUAGUCACCAAUUGUCUACUCGCUGGUGCUUGGACUGAGUUCUGCCAGAACCACUCAGGCUUCUAACCUUAUUCCAGCCUUGGUCCAAGCAUCGGCAGAAGUACUGAAUUUGUGAAGUGAGGUGCAAGUGACUGCCCUUGACAUGAAGGCAGCAAAUGACCAGUUGUGACCCCAAGGAACCCAAUGCACCAUUGAAGUUGGAGACACUCUCCACUGCUUGAUACCCAACAUAAGAGAAGAAAGGUUGUGGUUGUUGGAGGUCUGUCAUUUCAGCCCAGGGACAUUGUUGCAAGAAAUCCUCAGUGAUGUCCUAUACCCAGCCAUUAUCAGCUGCUUCAUUCUUUCCAUCAAAAAUAUGGGGACACUUGCUGGAUAUUUUGCUAUGUUUAAUUCGAUUUGUGGCUGUUCGCAUAAUGAAGCACUCCAGUUCUACUUGAAGCCGGAACUGGACAAUAUUCAAGCUUAGACUCAUAAGAGGUGCAUAACAUUCACACAACACACCUGACAAGCAAUGACCAUCUUAAAAAGAGAAAGUCCGACUACUUCUCUUUGACAGUUAUAAGAUCAUAAGAGAUGGGAGAAAGAGUAAGUCACUUGAUCCAUUGAUUCUGCUAUACCAUUUAAGUCCUUGGCUGAUUUGACUGAGACUUAACUACUUUACUGCUCGUCUUCCAUUAACCUUAAAUUUCCUUGUUGAUUAAAGAUCUUUCUGACUUAACCUUGAAAAAAUCUAAAGUUGUAGUCUCCCCUGCUCUCUGAAGAAGCAGAUUACAAAGACUCCCUCUUAAAUGGAACCCACUUAGUUUUAAACCAUGCCCUGAGGUUCUAGAUUCCCAAUGAGAGGAAAUGCCCUCCCAGUAUCUACAAAUUAGAUUUAGAAGUGGGAGCUCAAAUCACAUGAGUAUCAACUUUACCUGCACACAGUCUCCUCGUAAAACCUUCAUCCCAGGAAUGAGUCCAGUAACCUUUCUCUGAACUGUUUCCAAUGCACAUAUAUCUCUGAUUAGGAGACCAAACAUAUAUGCAGCAUUCCAGGUGUGGUUCCUACCAGUGCCUCGCAGUGCUGUAGAAAUGUGUCCUUAGUUUAAUGUCCCAUUCCUCGUUUUCUACCUGUUUGCUGUACUUUCCAGUUACCUUUACGUAAUGCGUUUACAAUGAUUUGUAUCACACUCUACUGCGGUCUCCCUCAUUUUAAAUAAAUUUUGAUUUUUUUUUCCA